AUGGGGAGGCCGCGGCAGCGGCGCCGGGCCCUGCUCUGCGCCGCGGGGCUGCUGAGCCUGGCCGGGGCGCUGGGGGCGGCGGCGGCGCUGGGCGCCCCGCGCUGGGUGCGGGCCGCCCCGCUCUGCCGCACCGGCGCCCUGCUGGUCAACGCCUCCGGGCCCGAGCUCCGGCAGUUCCUGGGCGAGCUGCGCUACGGGCUCUUCCAGGGCCAGCGCCUGCGGCAGUGCGGCCUCGGCGGCCGGCCCCUGCGCUUCGCCUUCUUCCCGGACUUGCUGAGAGUCAUCCCCGCGAGCAUCCACGUGAGCGUCGUCGUCUUCUGCGCAGCGCUGGUGGCGGUCGCCCUCGUGGGGACGGGCUUCUUUCUGUACAACGCUUUCGGCAGCCCCUACGAGACGCUGCACGGCCCCGCGGGGCUCUACUUCUGGAGCGCCGUCUGCUGUUCCUGCGGGUGUCUCAUCCUGGUCCUCUUCUCGGCGGAGGUGAAGGUCCACCACCUUUCCGAGAAGAUUGCGAAUUUCAAGGAGGAAAGUUUUACUUUCAAAACUCACAGCGAACAGUUUGCCAGUUCGUUCUGGAUCGUCCUCGUUUGCUCCCUGCUGCAUUUCCUGAACAUCAUCCUAAUACGUUUUGCUGGAUUUGAAUUUCCUUUUUCAAAACCCAAAGAUUCGGGGACAGCUACGGGAGCAGCUGACCUGAUGUAUUAAACCUGCGUACUUCUGAAAACAUUUGAAGCAAAGGGGUUCAUCACUACCUCCUUCAACAACCAUGAAGUGUGGUGACUUCUAAAUGCUCAGUUCUGAAGGUAAUAAAAAAGAUUUCAAAUAAAUGUCAAUAUGACAUAGGCAAUAAAAGGAAGGAAAAAAGACAAAAAAAUGAAAGGAAGGAAAAAAGAAACGAAGUAAAAGAGGCAAAAAAAUGAAAGGAAUAAAAAAGGCAAAAAAUAAGAGGAAGGCAGCCGCGGUGUUUAACGACGCCAAGAUCCACCUGGCCCUGCUCCCGUGGGCUCCGACCCCCUCGUGCCGCCGCGGCGGUGGGGCCCGCGAGCGGUGCCGCGCCCAGGGCCGAGCCGCGGCCCCAAAAGCUUUCCUUAAUUAUCCUCCUAACUAAUAUGCAUAUUCUUAAUUAAUGUGGCUGUAUCUUCUUAACAAGUAAUUUGCGUUGCGUUUUGUGCUGGGGUGUGCUCUACAGCCAGCAAGCAGCGCUGGUGUCCGUGCCCGCCGCCCCCGCUGGCUCGGGGGCCGGCAGCCUGCCCGCCCCACUGCCGCAGCGGGGCCUGGAAACCGCUCGCCGGGAAGGUGCAUUUUGCGUUCCCCCACCGGCUUUUCCGCUGCUCCACCAGGUUCUCCUAGGGGAGGGAUUACUCAUCCGGACACGCAGCACCGCAGACAGCGAUUUAUUCCUUACGCUCCUCCUUCAAGAAACAUGGAUUUUUCUUCAGAUAUUUUCAAGGAACAUUUUCUUAACCUGAAUCAAAGGAACAGAAUAGCCCCAGAGAAGUUAAACUUCCUGCCUAAAAGCAAUGGUUCUCGUGGUCGCUUUCAGAAUGGAGGAAACACUACUGAAGGAAGGAGGGGGAAAGGCAGAGCGGGACGGGAAGCUGCCCCGUCCGAGGCUGGCGAGCGCCGCGGCUCGCUGCCGGCGCGCAGACGAGCCGGCGCUCCUGCACGCCGCAAGCACGAGCUUCUGCCGGAGCGAUCCCUAACUACAGCGCCAAAAAGGACCCAAGUCAAGCACGCAGGUGCAGAUGCACCAGCUUAACGCAGACGCGUCCAAGUCUCGUGCCCCCAGUAGCUCAUAGGUAGGAUGAUAACACAGGGACAUAACAUAUAUAUAUGAAAUUAAACACCACACACCUUUUAAACAAACUGUUUGAAGUUAAAAGAUACCAAGGUUACCGAAGGCUGUUUUCAGCGGAAAUCGCGCUAGUUACUGUGAGUUUUUUAAGGCUGCGGAAGGGACAGUAAAGACGACACCAGUUCUUGGGGGCUCCUUUCCAGGCCAGCUGCGGAAAGCACGGCCCGCGGGUGCCAGAGGGACCACGCCGCGGAGGGGCCGGGGGAGCACAGCCCCUCCGCGGGCUGCGUCCUGCCCGGCGCCUCCCGCCGGCCCCGGCAGCCCGGCCGGACGCAGCCACAGCAGUCC